UGCUAAAGAUGAAAUUCGACUUGCUGAUGUUGGGCUGACAAAACUGCAGAGUGACAUCACUGGUACACAAUGUGGAACAUUGGUUUAUAUGGCACCAGAAAUCCUGAGGAAGGAAAAGUACGGGGCACCUGCAGAUAUGUACACUGUUGGGGUCAUGAUUUGGGAAAUGUGGUACGGAAAACGCAUCUACAACCUACCUUGCUUCGAGAGCUUUGAAAAUAUAUCAGAUAUUUUGGAGCUUGAUUGGGCAUCACUUAUUACCCUUGAGGGUUUUACACCGCCGCCUCCUAUAUGGUGCAAGAAUUUAGAAAAACUGCUUUCCCCCACUCCAUCUGAAAGACCAACCGCAAGCAAAAUGGAGAAAUUCCUCGAAGAGGAAACCCGCAAAAGAUUCCAUUAUAAGUAAUUUCCAGAAGAUUGUGGAUGAAAUAGUAUAUUAUAAAUUUUAAUUUUUCGUGGUUAUAGUUGGUUGUUGGCACUGUUUUUAAUGUGAAAAGUAGACAUUGCUAUGUCGUAGUAGUACCGUUACAGGAAAAG